CCCCUGCCUGCGCCUUCGCCAGCGCCUCUCACUCGGGCACAAUGGAGGACGAGGAGGGCUACAUGCCAUUCAACCUGCGGCCCAAGCAGGGCGGCUCCGGUGGCCCAUCCCCAGCUUGGAACCAAGGCUCCCGUCAGUGUCCUGGCUGGCUUCAGGUCGCUCUAGGGGCUGGGAAUCUCAUCCUGGCAGUGACUGUGCUAUUGCUGGCGGUUUGUGUUUCCCAUUUGGUGUCUGAGAAGGGACAGACCCUGGCAGCCCCUGAUUGCGAAGGAGCUUGGAGCAGAGAUACAGUCACACCCCCUGGGAGCGACAGAGCCAGGAGCAGAGAUACAGUGACACCCCCUGGGAGCGAUGGAGCCGGGAGCAGAGGUACAGCGACACCCCCUGGGAGCGACAGAGCCAGGAGCAGAGAUACAGCGACACCCCCUGGGAGCGACGGAGCCGGAAGCAGAGAUACAGCGACACCCCCUGGGAGCGACGGAGCCAGGAGCAGAGAUACAGUGACACCCCCUGGGAGCGACAGAGCCGGGAGCAGAGAUACAGUGACACCCCCUGGGAGCGACAGAGCCGGGAGCAGAGGUACAGCGACACCCCCUGGGAGCGACGGAGCCGGGAGCAGAGGUACAGCGACACCCCCUGGGAGCGACGGAGCCGGGAGCAGAGAUACAGCGACACCCCCUGGGAGCGACGGAGCCGGGAGCAGAGAUACAGCGACACCCCCUGGGAGCGACGGAGCCGGGAGCAGAGGUACAGCGACACCUCCUGGGAGCGACGGAGCCAGGAGCAGAGGUACAGUGACACCCCCUGGGAGUGACAGAGCCAGGAGCAGAGAUACAGUGACACCCCCUGGCAGCGACGGAGCCAGGAGCAGAGAUACAGUGACACCCCCUGGGAGUGAUGGAGCCGGGACUAGAGAUACAGUGACACCCCCUGGGAGCGACGGAGCCGGGAGCAGAGAUACAGUGACACCCCCUGGGAGCGACGGCGCCAGGAGCAGAGAUACAGCGACACCCCCUGGGAGCGACGGAGCCGGGAGCAGAGACCCCAGCACAGCAGAAUGCAGCGCCCGCCUGGAGCGUUUCCGAUCCCAGCUGUGCCCCCCGGCCCCGCCCGGCCCAGCAGGGGGCUCCGGGUGCAAACUCUGCCCCACGGACUGGCAGCUGCGCGGGGACAAGUGCUACUGGGUCUCCAGAAGAGGAGUUCAUAAAGGACCUGACAAAACAUUCACAUCUGUUCUGGAUCGGACUGUCUGUCCCCUCCCUGGAGAAGGCCUGGACCUGGCUGGACGGCUCCCGGCUGGAUCAGACCCAGUUUCUGGUGUCAGACCCGGUUGAGAACAGCUGUGGGGCGGUGUGGGGGAAAUGGAUUCAUUCUGAUGCCUGCAGCUCUGUACUUCACUGGAUUUGCCGGAGAGACGCCGUCCCGCUCUGAAUGGGGCAUCCAGGGCCUUUCAUCAAUAAAACCAUCAUGAAUGAUCCUUAACACUUCAUGUGGUGCCAGUCACGUGAGGAUCUCAAAGCACAUCAGUGCUCAGUGCCUGGCUUCAGUACCGGGCAAACUGGUUGGAACUACAGAAAAGAACAAAAUGGUCAGACACGUAGAGGAACAUAAUUUGUUGGGGAAGAGUCAACAUGGAUUUUGUAGCGGGAAAUCACGCCUCACCAAUCUACUAGAAUUCUUUGAGGGGGGCAGCGAGCAUGUGGACAAGGGGGAUCCAGUGGAUAUAGUGUAUUUAGAUUUUCAGAAAGCCUCUGACGAGGUCUCUCACCAAGGGCUCUUAAGCAAAGGAAGCCGUCAUGGGAUAAGAGGGAAGGUUCUCUCAUGGAUCAGUAACUGGGUAAAAGACAGGAACCAAAGGGUAGGAAUAAAUGAUCAGUUUUCAGAAUGCAGGGAGGUAAAUAGUGUUUCCUCUACACCCACCUCGGCCGCCUUUGGCUCCGGCCUGUCGGUUGCUGGCCCAUGUGUG